GUGCCCUUCGGGGCGGGGUUCGACAUGUCAUGGAGCUGCUGCUGCUGAGGGCCUGUGGCACCGUGCAGCAGAAUCCGCACAUGCGUGCCUUGGUGAGCGGCGCCGACUCAACGGUUGAGCAGAAGGAGAAGUACAGGCUAGCUUUGGGGAUGCUCCUGGAGCGCUUUGGCCCAGUGAACGUUCAGUGCGGCGUGAUGUCCUUCGAAGCUUUCUGGGUGGCGCUGGUGGCCGCCAUUACGGCUCCGCGGAACUACGUACACGCUGCACAUGAUCUGCUUCUUCAUAGGCUGCGCUGGCGCCACGUUCGUGACCAAUCAGUUCUGGUGCUCGCAGACGUUUGCCCCGAACGUGUGGCCGGCAAGACACAAAGGUCGAUGUGGGACUAUGUCGAGGUGCUGCGGGACUUUCGCGUUGUGGUCAUGAUCUUCCAAUAUUCUGCGUGUCUUAGCACAGAGCUCGCAAAGAGCAAGCAUUUGGUUAACGCGCCUGUGGGUGUAGCACGUUCGCUGAGUGUGGUUACGGCGACGGCGGAUGCUGACUCAACCAAUGUGGAAGCCGGCCUGAGGACAGCCAUUGCCGGCUUCGGCAUGCUGGUUUGCAUCUGUUGGGAUAAAGCUUUCGAGACAGUGGCCGAGGACACUGCUAUGGCCUCCACAACGACCUCUGGAUGGAUGGUAAGCUGA